CGCGUCCGCCCAGUUGGGUCCGAGUUGUCCGGCAAGCGAUGGGUUGCUGGCUUAGUACCGAGUCCGAAGGCGUGACGGUCGAGGUCACCAACAAGUCCUCCCUCCCGGUGGUUCUGUGGGUCUCGGGUGCCGGCCCGGUUUGGCAGCGCAGCGGCGGCAGCCCGAUCGUCCCCGCCAAGACAACCGUCAAGAUGGCGCCAGGCUCAGCCGUCGGUCUCUGGCAAGCGACCAUUGCACCGCCAUGCCCAGCUCUCAGCUCGCUCAUCAUCUGGGAGGAGCGAGUGGGCCACACAGAAGGCGCAACGGUGAUAUCGCUGACUGUCAACUUCAACAGUGCGCUGCCGCUGAAUGUGAAAGCGCCGAGGCUGAGGGCUGACCUCGCCCUGGGGAUGUUGCGAAGCAGCGCGCCGUCCGGAUGGCGCUGCACGAUAAGUUGCGGCGCCAGAAAGCCAUUCAGGAUUCGACCGAGCGCCGCGCCGCCCGAGUCCUUACCAAGCGCGCGAGAGAGCUGUUGGCACAGCUAACGAGGCUCUGCCCCGUAUGCCUGGAGGACUGCCCGAUCACGAGCCUCACAAAGCUGGCCGACUGUGGACACAAGGUCUGCACGCCUUGCGCCAAUGCCUUUGUCGACGCCGAACUCCUCGGAGGCAAAGCGUACGUGCGCUGCCCAUGGGCUGGCUGCGAUCGCCUCCUCGGCAAGGCGGCGCUGCGACAGUUUGGCUCGGCCGCGGCGUGGGAUGCGUAUGAAUCAAGCCGCGUCGCGAUGCACACGCAGCGGCUGGUCGACGAGACCGACCGCGGCUUCCUCUUGUUCUGCGCUGACCAAGCCCGCCGCUGCCCUUCCUGCAUGGUCGUCAUCUGGCGCUGGGCAGGGUGCGACCACAUGACCUGCCGCUGCGGCUUCUCCUUCAACUGGAACGAGGCCGCCGCCAAGAUCGCGCCGCCACCUGAAACCACCUUGGCAAACGACGUGGCGAACAAGUAGAUUUUCGAUGGGAGAGGGAGAGCGCGAGAGAGGGACGGCAUCGGACCGGAGCACGGAGAUUAUCGUGGUGUGUCCCACAAGAUCAUGUCUGUCUAUUAUCGGCCACACAAAAAA